UUUGUUGUUCUUGCUGCAUUUUGUUAGGAAAUUUCGUGUCAUAGGAAAUAGAACGUGUAUGAUUUUGUAGGUAUUAAUGUUGUCAUGUUCUUAUGAAUUCGUUUUGAUUUAUAUUAAAUUAGAAUAUAGUUUAUUAAAAUAAAAUAUUUAAAUAUGGAUGUUGAUGAACAUUAUACUCGUCGUUAUCCACACAGUGUCGUUUGGACUCCGAUACCAUUUAUAAGUUGGUUAUUUCCAUUCAUUGGUCAUAUGGGAAUUACUACAUCCACUGGAGUAAUACGAGAUUUUUCUGGGUCAUUUUAUGUUGCUGAAGAUGAUAUGGCCUUUGGAUACCCUACUAAGUACUGGCAGUUGGACAUAGAAACUAUAAUUGGUGGUUCUAAAGCAUGGGAUAAAGCUGUUAAUGAGGCAUCCAUUGAAUAUUUUAAUAGAAUGCACAACCUAUUGUGUGAUAACUGCCACUCUCAUGUUGGCAUGGCAUUAUCAUUAAUGAACUACAGUAAAAGCAAAAACUGGAAUAUGGUUAAAUUAGCUUUGUACACUUUUAUUUUUGGAAAAUAUGUGAGUUGCAAUGCAUGGCUUAAAACUUGGGGUCCAUUUAUCAUUUUUGUGUUUGUAUGUUUUGGACUUUAUUCGUAUGGAAAGUAUUUCUAAAAUAGUUACUUUCUGAAGUAACUUUUUACAUUUUUAUAAGAGGUCAUUAAACGAUAAAAUUGUAUUAUAAAGAUCUCGUCAAUAAUAUAUUACAUUUUUUGUAUAAUUUAUAUUUUAUACAGUAUGAAACAAAAUAAUGCAUUUAAAUAUUUUUUCUACUUUUUUAAAUAUUAAAACAAUUAUUUUAAGAAUUAAUCAUUGUUUUAUAUAAUAAAUUUAUAAAAUAUGUAAUCUAUAUAUUUGUAUUUAACAUUUAUAAUCACUGUUUACUUUAACAAAUUGUUUUAUGUAUUAUUCUAAAUUGUAACAUUUCAUUUUAGAUCAAUGACAUCAUAUUAUAUAUAUAUCUAUCUGAUCAAAAAUAUUUUAUUUCUUAUUUUUUAUAAAAUUAUUUUGAAUAUUAGCACUUUAAUUAGUUAUUAAUUAUAUUAAUAUAAAUGCAUAUAAAGCCAGAUAACAUACUUACAAAGGCAAAUAUAUCAAAUAGUACUUAAUACCUAUUUACAAUUAUCAUUUUUUUAUUCAAUAAUGGGAUUACACAAAUUAUCCAUAAAUCUCUGGGUUUAGUUUACUAGGUUAUUGAUUAUAUUUUUAACUUUUAAUUAAAUGUACACACAGCUGUGUAAAUUGUAAAUAUUUGUGAAAAAUAAAAAUUUGAUAAAAUAAAGUUGAAAAAUACAUUUUUUGUACUAUAUUGUGUUUAUGUCUAAUUUAUUAUUGUUAUAUAUUGUAAGCUUAGAUUGUAUUAUUUCACCAUUACACAUCAUAUAAUUAAAAUCAAACAAUAAUAAUAAAAUGUUUUAAGUUAUUUUUUUUUAUUACUAUUAUUAUUAUUAGACAGGUAUAAUUACUAACAAUAAUUAUGUAUUAUUUGUCAAACAGUAUAACUGUAUAAUAAAAUUAUUGUUUAUUUUUA